CGGACCGACCACUAUCGGAGCAGAGAGCAAACGACCUCUUUUAAAUGGAGGGGGCGUGGCCACGAGUGGGGCGGGGCGCAUGCUUGCGGUCGCGGGCUAAUGACGUAGUCCGGAGCGCCGGGUUCUGCCAGUGCUGGAAGAAGCAUGUUGGUCAGCCAGCGACUGACGGGGUCGCGAACCCGGGCACGUUUGCUUGCGAGUCUCCUCGAGGCUUUCCGGACCACAUCCUCCUACUCCGCUUUCUCUGAGCCGUCACGGGUGCGGGCGCUGGUCUAUGACAACCACGGGGAUCCAGCCAAGGUCAUCCGACUGAAGAACCUGGAGCUCACUGCUGUGGAAGGAUCUGAUGUCCAUGUGAGGAUGCUGGCAGCCCCUAUCAAUCCAUCUGACAUAAAUAUGAUCCAAGGGAACUAUGGCCUCCUUCCCCAGCUGCCUGCUGUCGGAGGGAACGAAGGCGUUGGGCAGGUGAUAGCAGUGGGCAGCAGUGUGUCUGCACUGAAGCCAGGAGACUGGGUGAUCCCAGCAAAGGCUGGUUUGGGAACCUGGCGGACUGAGGCGGUGUUCAGUGAGGAAGCGCUGAUUGGAAUCCCUAAGGACAUCCCUCUCCAGAGUGCUGCCACCCUAGGUGUCAAUCCCUGCACAGCCUACAGGAUGUUGGUGGACUUUGAACAGCUGCAGCCAGGGGACUCUGUCAUCCAGAAUGCAUCCAACAGUGGAGUGGGGCAAGCAGUCAUUCAGAUCGCCUCAGCCCUACGCCUAAAGACCAUCAACGUGGUCCGAGACAGACCCAACAUCAAGAAGCUAACUGACAGGCUGAAGGAUCUAGGAGCUGAUUACGUCCUCACAGAGGAGGAGCUAAGGAUGCCUGAGACAAAAAACAUCUUCAAGAACCUGCCGCUGCCCCGACUGGCUCUCAACUGUGUUGGUGGGAAGAGUUCCACAGAGCUGCUCCGGCACCUAGCGCCUGGAGGAACCAUGGUGACCUAUGGGGGAAUGGCCAAACAGCCUGUAACAGCCUCUGUGAGUCUGCUCAUUUUUAAGGACCUCAAACUUCGGGGCUUUUGGUUGUCCCAGUGGAAGAAGAACCACAGUCCAGAUGAGUUCAGGGAGCUGAUUCUCACUCUCUGCAACCUCAUCCGCCAAGGCCGGCUCACAGCCCCUUCCUGGUCUGAGGUUCCACUGCAGGACUUCCAGCAGGCUUUAGAAGCCUCCAUGAAGCCUUUCGUGUCUUCGAAGCAGAUUCUCACCAUGUGAUUACUCCAGAGGACCAGGAGGAAAGCAGGAGAGGCAGGCCAGCAAGACUGGCUGGCUGCUGGCCUCUCCAUGAGGACCCCAGUCUUCUCAGACUGCCUUACCCUCAGUGCCUCUUCCUACCAGGAGGGUGAGAGGCCAACCCGAGUCCCUAAUAAACCCUGAACUUCCCCAGUAGA